AUGCUGUGUUUUGUGUGUGGCCCACAAACCAUAAAUCUGCCCUUCAUCGCACAUGACCUGAAUUUGAUCGUCGAGAAUCUAUCGAUGGCUAACAUGACAAUUACGAUUUCGCUCAUGAAGACUUUUCUGCUGAUGCACAUGGCCAAGGACUGGGCUGCGGUGAAGAUGAAAACCGAGAAAGAAACAAUGGUGAACAUCGCGAGGAUCACCAGAAAGACAACGAUCAGAUGCUCGAUGAUGUGCCAACUGGUGUUUGUCUGUUACGUGUCCCUUCGAUUACUUUCUAUGAAACACGACGACAACAAACUAUUCGUACGCGGUUAUUACCCUUACGACGUAACCAUUAGCCCGAAUUACGAACUGACAAUGAUUGGCCAAGUCAUUGCUGGUAUAUACGGAGCUGUGACGUUUCCAGCUGUGGACAUUUUUAUCGCCAUGCUGCUGUGGACACUUUUAUCGCCAUGCUGGUUCUACACGCUUGUGGCCAGCUUUCGAACUUGAAGAACGAUUUGAGGAAGAUUCAUUUAUACGAUAAAAAGGAGCUACAAACAAAGUUGAAGAAAAUUGUUCGGAAGCACAAUUAUAUUAAUAGGUUUGCCGAAACGAUAGAAAAUAGUUUCAACCUGCUGCUUUUGUUUCAAAUCCUCGGGUGCACCGUUCAAUUAUGCUUCCAGUCUUUCCAAGCUAUCAUGUCAGUUGGAGAGAAGACUGAGCAAUACAUGAUUUUCCAAAUUACAUUUUUGUGUUAUUACGUGGUUUGCGCGAUGGUGCAGUUGCUCCUGUACUGUUAUGUGGGCGAGAGGCUUGCGUCCGAGCUGAAACACGCGUUGAAGUUUACAAUUUCUCAGAGUACAGAUAUAGCUGAAACAGCAUAUCAUUGCGAAUGGUACAAUCUGCCUCCAGAGAUCGCAAAAUUACUUAUUAUUAUUAUGUGUCGAGCGAGAGCAUUACCGCUGAAGAUCACAGCAGGCAAAUUUUGUUGGUUCACUAUAUCUUUAUAUUCCCAAGUAAGUAAAGACAAAUUUCAAGUCAAUAUACACACUGAAUUUUCCAUAUAGUUUUCCUUUCAAACUUAGGAAGAUUCAGUCACUGAUUUAAGUGGUUUUAACGAUUUUAUUUUAAAUAUAAUACAAAUUUUUUGGAAUUAUGUCCACAUUUAAAAACACAGUUGAAAGAUCACAACUGAAGAAUGUUCAAUUUCUUUGAAAUAUUUAAAAAAUAAAAUGUUUAUAAUCACGUGCCUCCUACCAUUUUUCGAAUAAUUUCAAAUGUAAUCCUUGUUUAAUAAAUAAAUUUAUAUAAUUUAAAAGUAUUAAUAAUAAAUAAAUUUAUAUAAUUUAAAAGUAAUGCAUGUUUCAGGUUCUGAAAAGCUCAGCGUCGUACAUAUCCGUCCUAUACGCGACAAGAAGUUAA